CAUCUGUACAGUACAAACUUGUAGUACAGUGCUAUACUUCCUAUCGAAAACACAGCAACCGGACUAGUCGACCUUGAGGGCUCCGUAGAUGCUCCUGAUGAACAAAAAGCUGCAGAGGACACCGACGGAACCGCAGAACAGACCGAAGCAGAGAGAGAUCAUCCCCAUGUACGUGACGUAGACCACAACCGGAAGGAUUCCGACAAAAUCCAGCCGGCUCACCAAGAACCACAAACUGUACAAAAACAGAUAGCAACCAGCACUGGCACAGUUGAAGAACGACUUCCACCACCAGUGGUAGUCUUCGGCACAGAGCUGCAGAUAGGUCAUCACGACGGAGACCUGUGCGCAGGUGGCUCCGAGAAUCAGAAGCACCGCAAGCAAAAAGCCCAUCAUGUAGUACACUUGGUGGAGCCAGAGAGCACUCAUGAUGAAAAAGAGUUCGAUGCAGACGGAACCAAAGGGCAGGACCCCUCCUAGCAUAUAGCUCAUAGGGGGAUUUGCGUACCAGGGAGGCUGGGGGAUGUACCGUGCGAUGGAGUUGACCUUUACGGGAACGGGCAUCUUUUCGGCUCUGAAACCAAAGUAGCUGCCCACGAAGACCAUCGGCGUCGCGAUUGCAAUCCAAAGUCCCAAAAUAGCCAAAAGCGUAAAGAAAUGGAUGGCCGUAGCCGCGCCGGCAACGUGAAGGAAGACGUUGAGGACGGUGAAAAUGCCAAUGAGAACUCCGGGCAAUCCAGCGGCCGUGAGAAAGGUGUUCUGCUUCCAGGCCUUGGCGUCGCAAUACUUGAACACACGAGCCGAAAUAUAGCCGGCCACGGCUCCAGAGGACACAUACAGCAAAACGAUGGCGGUCAGCAUCUGGCCCUUCUUCAUUGGGCUGAUCAAUCCAACGAUGGAGAACAUCAUGGUGAGGAAGCAAGCGAAUCCGAUUUGUGCACCGGUGCCCACCAGAAUGCUGAAAAGCAUAGGGCAGGAAGCCGGGGGCCGGAAGACGUCGCCAUGGACCAAUUUCCAUCCGGUUUCUUCCCCAGAUUCUUCGAAUUGUUGCAUUUGGUUGUAUCCAGCGAUAUCUCGUCGCAGAGUUCGGAUCAUAAUGGCGGCGAUUGCUCCCGUCAAGAAAAGGACGAUCAUAAGGGAGUUGAUAAUGGCAAACGAGUGAAUAUCGUCGUCCGGGCUUCCGAUGAGGUAAAUAUCCCACCUGUCGGUCCAGGGAAGAGUCGAUUCUUUCCAUUCUACUUCGUAAGAAUAAAUGACGGGGAGAAAACCUUCGGCACCGGCCUUCUUGUCAAGAGCCAGGUACGUUUCCAGAUCGUUCUUGACGGGAGGUGCAUCGUCGGUAUUGCAAGUAGAAACUUCCUGGGACAUGGCAACGAAGGAGUCCUCCUGCUGAAUUUCGUGCCGGAUACUGACAGGGUCCACAUCGAAUCCUGUAAUGUGCAAUUCGCCGGUGUCCAUCUGCUGGUAGGUGAUGGUAAAUUUCAAGUGAUUGUAGAGAUAAAACUGUUCCACCUUCAAUCCUGUGUAGCUUGGAGGAGCCUUGAAACCAACGGGAAAGCCUCGAAUCGCAUAGUUGUGAUUUUCGCUUCUCAUGAGGACCGGAAGACCAUCAAAGGUCAUGUGAACUCUGUACUGGCGUUCGAUCAACUGUCUCAAAAAUCCGACCCUCCUGGGGGUGAUCAUCUUCUGGCACAAGGGAGUGCAGCCAUAGUCCUCCUUUACCUUCAUGGUGUAUGGAGCGGGCUUGAGCUCCAAGCCCUGCAAACGGGCGCCGAGGUUCUUGCGCUCUCUUCUCCUGCGAGAGACGGUCAUUUUGGGCAUGGCACAGCCGGGCAGCUUGUAAAAAUCGUAGGGAACCUGGGUCUUCCUGCUGUUUACGUUGUCCGUGUACAUCAGGACUUCUUCACCAGCAAUGUAUGGUUCCGGGGUCGCUCCCGGAAAGAGGAUGGACGCCAGGUCCGUCUUGCGCUUUCCAAAGACCCCCCUCCUCAUCUUCUUUCGCAGCUGGUACUGUCUCAUUGCGGCUGCCUCCGGUGUGUGUCCGACUUCGUCCUGGCCCGACGCACGGAGUUCUGCGUAACGUUCCGCUUCCUUCUGCCUCAGAGCCAUUCUCUCUUUGCGGCUCAUUCUCUUGGCAUGGAACCUAGCUCCGUCGAUCGGAUCCGUCGAUCCCUCGGACGUAGCAAUCAAUCCAAGCAAGAGGCACAGGAAAAGAACGCAGCUACGGCGGCAUGGUACGGAAGAAAGAGCAUUCAUUGUCCCGGUUGAUCUAUGGUACGCGGUGUUGGCCAUARACGGAUUCCAGAAAACUUGUUUGCCUGGGGUGGGAGUUGUUGGAGAAGACAGCAGGAAUCGUGACAAGUUUUUGCAUUGCUGCGUCCUUGCGUUUCGGAUMUCUGGAGAACUGCUUUUGCUCGAUCUAUCUCGUUAGAGAUCGAGUACGAGUACGAGUACUCGUWACAUCUUACUCGUUUUACUCGUACCGUACGGUUCUCAGCUCGCAUGACUGCCAGCUCGUACAGUCAGUACUAUGCUAUGAUCACCGUUCCGAAGCGACAGUUUUUCAGUCAUACCGUGGUCACAAAUUCUUUUACCAACAAGGUACGAGGUACUUUACGUAUCGCACCUUAGAACUUCGUAGGGUGGAGUACGUGUGUGAGCCUAAAUCACGGAGAGCAGAGAUAAUCGAAUUUUCAGUUUUAAGUCAGCAUAUAAUGCAUAUAUAUAGUAUGUACAAAAGAUAAGAUAACAGGUACUCAACAAAUAUUUACUGUAAAAUAUUUACGCUACGGGAGACUUUGCUCUGUUCGUAACGUAAAUAGAGUCAGGGACGUUCG